UUUGACAGCAGCACUGUCUCUCCCAAGAAGGCUUAGCUCUCACUUUUUCCUCUCUUUCUCAUUACCGCUCUCAUUGUCUCUGCCGAUAGCAAGAAAGAGAGAUUCAUUUGGGGCCUGUGUCUGGAAUAAGAAAGCACAGCUGUUUCUGACUAGGGAGAAGAAAGAUAAGACUCCUCUGGAUUUCCACAGAAAUUUUGAUCUGGAUCCUUAAAUGUGACCAAACAUCUGAAAGGGGAAUCUUGAGGAGUUUUACUCUUUCAUCCUUCCAGUCUGAGACGGCCCAGCUGUCAGCUUUCAUAUUGCUGGUGGACACACAAUAGCCCUGCUGGUCAGGCCCACUGGAAUGUGUACAUCUGGCAGAAUGUUGGCACCUGCAUGAACCGCAAUGAAAAGCCUCAGCUCUGCGCUCUUUCCUGAGACGACAACAACAGGAUGAACCUUGGAAAAGAGUCUCAGGAAAGAGGAUGUUUCAUUGAUUUUCUCAAAUUCAACCUCAGGCUCUUGAAUCAUUGGGAUAGUUAUCGGGGUGCAUAAAGGCUGUGAAUAUCCUGCAUCUGAGAGAUCAGACCAGACUGACUCACAGUAGCCUGUGAGCCAGUGAGACUGAGGCUGCCAAAGGAUGCUGGUGCCAAGCUGUCACAUGAUGCACAUAGCCAGGCCUGUGGUGCUGCUCCUGUGUUUCCUCAUCCUCGCUGACACUGAGACACCACCAAAGUUUUUAAGAACUCCUAAUGACCAGACGGGAGUGCAGGGCGGAGUAGCAUCGUUUAUUUGCCAAGCCACGGGAGAUCCAAGGCCUAAAAUUGUGUGGAACAAGAAGGGGAAGAAAGUCAGCAACCAGAGAUUUGAGGUGAUAGAGUUUGAUGAUGGCUCUGGUUCAGUGCUCAGAAUUCAGCCCUUGCGCACCCCGCGGGAUGAAGCGAUAUAUGAAUGUGUCGCCUCCAACAGUGUUGGAGAGACAAGUGCUUCCACAAGACUCACUGUUUUACGUGAGGACCAGCUACCCCCUGGUUUCCCCACAAUAGACAUGGGCCCCCAGCUGAAGGUGGUGGAGCGGACUCGCACGGCCACCAUGCUCUGUGCCGCCAGUGGAAACCCUGAUCCAGACAUCUCCUGGUUCAAGGACUUCUUGCCCGUUAACACCACCAACAAUAAUGGGCGCAUCAAGCAAUUAAGAUCAGAAUCCUUUGGUGGUACACCAAUAAGAGGUGCCCUCCAGAUCGAGCAGAGCGAAGAGUCCGACCAAGGGAAGUACGAAUGUGUCGCCACCAACAACGAUGGCACUCGCUAUUCCGCCCCUGCCAAUCUAUAUGUCAGAGAGCUGCGAGAAGUGCGGCGAGUGCCUCCUAGGUUUUCCAUCCCUCCGACAGACAACGAGAUUAUGCCAGGCGGAAGCGUCAACAUCACGUGUGUGGCGGUGGGCUCCCCCAUGCCAUACGUGAAGUGGAUGCUGGGGGCAGAAGACCUCACCCCCGAGGACGAUAUGCCCAUUGGACGAAAUGUGCUUGAGCUCACGGAUGUCCGCCAAUCAGCUAAUUACACUUGCGUUGCCAUGUCCACCCUUGGAGUCAUCGAAGCCGUCGCCCAAAUUACAGUCAAAGCUUUGCCCAAGCCUCCCGGGACCCCCAUGGUGACAGAAAGGACAGCCACAAGCAUCACUUUAACAUGGGACUCUGGGAACCCAGAGCCUGUUUCCUACUACAUCAUCCAGCACAAGUCCAAGUUUUCUGAGGACACCUACAAGGAGAUAGACGGGGUGGCCACCACACGUUACAGUGUGGGAGGCCUCAGCCCCUACUCGGACUAUGAGUUCAGGGUGGUGGCGGUGAACAACAUUGGGCGUGGCCCGCCCAGUGAGGCUAUUGAAGCCAAGACCGCUGAGCAGGCCCCCAGUACAGCGCCGCGGCAGGUCAGGGGUCGUAUGCUAAGCAGCACCACCGCCAUUAUCCACUGGGAUGAACCCGAGGAGGCCAACGGCCAAAUCAUGGGCUACCGUGUCUACUACACCAUGGAGCCCAGCCAGCAUGUGAACGUUUGGGAGAAGCAGAUUGUCCGCGGGGCCAACUUCCUCACCAUCCAAGGGCUGACCCCCAACAAGACCUACUACAUCAAGGUCCUGGCCUUCACCUCUGUGGGAGAUGGACCCCUUUCUCCAGACCUGCAAAUUAUUGCUAAAACAGGAGUUCCUUCACAGCCGACUGACUUCAAGGCAGAAGCCAAAUCAGAAACAAGUAUUCUAUUGUCAUGGAUACCCCCAGCACAGAAUGGACAGGAUAAUCAAAUCACAGGAUAUGAACUUCUCUACAAGAAAAGGGAUGACAAGGAAGAGAAACGGAUCAGCUUCGAACCCACCACCACGUUUCUGCUGAAGGACCUGAAACCUUUCACCACUUACACCUUCCUGCUUGCUGCGCGCAGUAAGCAUGGCAUUGGGGCAUACACCAAUGAGAUAUCUGCUGAGACCCCCCAAACACAGCCCUCAGCACCUCCUCAGGAUGUCAAAUGCUCUAGCCCCAGUUCCACCAACAUUCUGGUAAGUUGGCUGCCGCCACCAGUGGACUUACAGAACGGGAUCAUUACCAAAUACUCCGUCCAGUACGCCGCCACUGAGGGAGAGGACACAACUUCCCGCCAAAUAUCUGACCUUCCCCCCGAAAGCUCCCAGUACCUCUUGGAAAACUUGGAAAAAUGGACAGAAUACCGUGUGACAGUGAGGGCCCACACUGAUGUUGGACCAGGCCCCGAAAGCCUGCCCGUGCUCAUCCGCACCGACGAAGAUGUUCCCAGUGGUCCCCCUCGUAAAGUCGAGGUGGAGGCUGUCAACUCCACGUCAAUUAAAGUGAUCUGGCGUUCACCUAUGCCCAACAAGCAGCAUGGGCAGAUCCGAGGAUACCAGGUGCAUUACGUCAAGAUGGUAAACGGGGAGCCCAUAGGACAGCCCUUCAUUAAGGACAUCCUAAUUGACGAUGCACAGUGGGAAUAUGAUGAUUCAACUGAACAUGAGAUGAUCAUUACUGACCUUCAGGCCGAAACAACAUACUCUGUCACAGUUGCUGCGUACACAACAAAGGGAGAUGGAGCUCGAAGCAAGCCCAAGCUAGUCUCUACAACCGGUGCAGUGCCAGAAAAGCCCAGGCUCAUGGUCAGUCCCACCAAUAUGGGCACGGCUCUCCUUCAGUGGCAUCCCCCCACGCUGACGUUUGGCCCUUUGCAAGGAUACCGCCUGAGGUUUGGCCGCAAAGACGUUGAGCCCCUGACCGUCAUCGAGUUCCCAGAGAGGGAGAACCACUACACCACUAAAGAGAUCCACAAAGGAGCCUCCUACGUCUUCCGUCUCUCCGCACGGAACAAAGUGGGCUUUGGGGAAGAAACGGUAAAGGAGAUCAGCACCCCAGAGGACGUGCCCAGCGGCUACCCCCAAAACAUUGUCACAGAAGGCACCACUACCACCACCAUCCAGAUCAGCUGGAAGCCCCUCCUGCUGGCCGAGCAAAACGGCAACAUUGUCAAAUACGCUCUGCAAUACAAGGAUAUCAACAGCCCCAGGAACCCUUCUGAACUGUUCAUAACAGCACCCGAGUCCACUGUGACUCUAGACAGUCUAAAAGCAGACACCACAUACGAUAUUAAAAUGUGUGCGUUCACCAGCAAGGGCUCCGGUCCGUAUAGCCCCAGUGUCCAGUUCAGGACACAGCCUCUGGAUCAAGCAGUGUUUGCAAAAAAUUUUCACGUGAAAGCUGCAAUGAAGACAUCGGUACUGCUCACAUGGGAAAUUCCUGAAAACUAUAACCCAGCCCAGCCAUUCACAAUCCUCUAUGACAAUGGCCAGAGCGUGGAGGUGGAUGGGAAACUCACCCAGAAGCUGAUUACCAACCUGCAGCCGCAGACCCAGUACUCCUUCCUCUUGACCAACCGCGGGAACAGCGCCGGCGGGCUCCAGCACCGGGUGUCCACCAUGACGGCCCCGGACAUCCUGCGCACCAAGCCCUACCUGAUUGGGAAGACCAACUCGGACGGCAUGGUGACCGUGGAGCUCCCCUCGGUGCAGACCACAGAGAAAGUGCAGGGAUACUACAUCGUGGUGGUGCCUUUGAAGAAACAGCGCGGUGGAAAGUUUGUCAAGCCCUGGGACAAUCCCGAUGAAAUGAAUUUGGAGGAGCUGCUCAAAGAGAUUAACAGAACAAGCAGAAGCCUUCGAUUCAGGAGGCAAGCAGAGCCCAAAGCCUACAUCGCUGCCUACUUCAAAGAGCUCCCCACCGAGUUCACCCUGGGAGACAGGAAGAUCUAUGGCGACUUUGAAAACAAGCAGCUCCAAAACGGUCAAGAAUACAUUUUCUUUGUUUUGGCCGUCCUCGAGAUCUCUGAAAAUACUAUGUAUGCCACCAGCCCCUAUUCUGACCCCGUGGUCUCUGCAGACAUCGACCCCCAGCCAAUCAUUGACGAGGAAGAGGGGCUGAUCUGGGUAGUGGGACCAGUGCUUGCCGUUGUCUUCAUCAUCUGCAUCGUCAUUGCCAUCCUCCUGUACAAGAGCAAACCAGACAGGAAAAGAGCUGAAUCCGAAGCUAGAAAAGGAAGCCUUCCCAACAACAAGGAAAUGCCUUCCCAUCAUCCCACAGAUCCUGUGGAGCUGCGGCGCCUCAACUUCCAAACCCCUGGUUCAGGUGUCUCCGGUUACCCUGGUAACCUCCAUUUGUCAAGUAUGGCUAGCCACCCUCCGAUUCCCAUCAUGGAACUUGCUGAUCAUUUAGAGAGGCUGAAAGCCAACGACAACCUGAAGUUCUCUCAAGAGUAUGAGUCCAUUGAUCCUGGACAGCAGUUUACAUGGGAACACUCCAAUCUGGAAGUCAACAAACCAAAGAACAGAUAUGCCAAUGUGAUUGCAUACGACCAUUCACGAGUCCUUCUGUCCGCCAUCGAUGGCAUCCCUGGGAGUGAUUACAUCAAUGCCAACUACAUUGAUGGGUACAGGAAACAGAACGCUUACAUUGCCACCCAAGGAUCACUGCCGGAGACCUUUGGUGACUUCUGGCGGAUGAUAUGGGAGCAACGCAGUGCUAACAUUGUCAUGAUGACCAAGCUGGAAGAAAGAUCAAGGGUCAAAUGUGACCAGUACUGGCCUACAAGAGGCACGGAAACAUACGGUUUGAUCCAGGUGACAUUGCUAGACACAGUGGAGCUGGCCACAUACUGUGUCAGGACAUUUGCACUUUAUAAAAAUGGCUCCAGCGAGAAAAGAGAAGUGAGACAAUUCCAGUUCACAGCCUGGCCGGACCACGGGGUCCCAGAACACCCCACUCCCUUCCUGGCCUUUUUGAGGAGGGUUAAGGCGUGUAACCCACCAGACGCUGGGCCGAUGGUGGUGCACUGCAGCGCUGGCGUUGGCAGGACUGGGUGCUUCAUCGUAAUAGAUGCCAUGUUGGAGAGGAUAAAGCACGAGAAGACUGUAGAUAUUUACGGCCACGUUACUCUAAUGAGAGCCCAGAGGAAUUACAUGGUUCAGACUGAGGACCAAUACAUCUUCAUCCAUGACGCGCUCCUGGAGGCUGUGACGUGCGGCACCACGGAGGUGCCAGCCAGAAACCUGUACGCAUACAUCCAGAAGCUGACUCAGAUAGAGUCUGGGGAAAAUGUGACCGGCAUGGAACUGGAAUUCAAGCGUUUAGCCAACACUAAAGCGCACACGUCGAGAUUCAUCAGUGCCAAUCUCCCAUGUAACAAGUUCAAGAACCGCCUUGUUAAUAUAAUGCCAUACGAGUCCACGAGAGUGUGUCUGCAGCCCAUCCGAGGCGUGGAGGGCUCUGAUUACAUCAAUGCCAGCUUCAUUGAUGGAUACAGACAACAGAAGGCCUACAUCGCCACACAAGGGCCCCUAGCAGAGACCACAGAGGACUACUGGAGGAUGCUCUGGGAACACAACUCCACCAUUGUGGUCAUGCUCACCAAGCUCAGAGAAAUGGGAAGGGAAAAAUGCCAUCAGUAUUGGCCGGCUGAGAGGUCUGCAAGGUACCAGUACUUUGUGGUGGAUCCCAUGGCAGAGUACAAUAUGCCACAGUACAUACUGAGAGAGUUCAAAGUGACUGAUGCAAGGGACGGUCAGUCACGAACUGUGCGGCAGUUCCAGUUUACGGACUGGCCGGAACAAGGAGUGCCAAAGUCAGGAGAAGGUUUCAUCGACUUUAUCGGCCAAGUGCACAAAACGAAAGAACAGUUUGGCCAGGAUGGGCCAAUCUCAGUUCACUGUAGUGCGGGAGUUGGGAGGACUGGUGUUUUUAUCACGCUCAGCAUUGUCCUGGAGCGAAUGAGGUACGAGGGGGUGGUGGACAUCUUCCAGACGGUCAAAAUGUUAAGGACACAACGGCCAGCCAUGGUGCAGACAGAGGAUCAGUAUCAGUUCUGCUACAGAGCUGGAUUGGAAUAUCUUGGAAGCUUUGAUCACUAUGCAACGUAAAAUUCCCAUUCCUGGAGGGAAAGCAGCAGGCCCCUCAAGAUCCAGAGAGCCUCUUCUGAGCCAUAAUCACAUGCUUGGGAAGUACUUCUUAACUUCUAGCUAAAGACAAACUAAAUGUCAGAUGUGAAACAAACAAAAAAAAAAAAAAAAGAAAAAAUUAUUCCAGGUGGACCAAGAAUUUACUUAUUUGAUAAACUACCCUGAAAUGUAAAGAAAAUCCUGACUGAUGAAGCAUCAUAAGAAAUCAUUUCCUCUGUUGCUUCAAGGAUUCAUCUUGGAUUAAAAAGAAAAAUGUCACCAACUUCAGCAUCAACAGUACAAAUCUUUGGAGGAGCAGUUAAGGUCGACUCAAUGGCCUGAAACUCAGUGCACACUGUAAAGAGAAACUGAGAGAUCAACAAUCAAGUUCACAGAGACAUUUCAUCUAAUUAAGGACACCAGUUCUUGGUAAAUUAAGAAAAGAAGACAUUUCAACAGUAAUAACCCCCAUAUCCCACCAUACAGUUCAUUAUUAAUAACUGGGGGAAAUGGGGAAUGUUUAAAGAACUAAAAAUGAAUACAACUUAUCAAUUUAGUUUUUUAGUACUUUAUUAUACAGCUGACCUGUGCUUCAUUUUUAACUGUGUAAACUUAUUUCCCUUUUUUAACAAACUUUUAUCAUUUGAUGAAGUGAAUUAAACAAAACAUUUGCUUAAUUGUUCACUUUUUGUUCAACUGUUACUUUUUUUUAAGCUGUAGAACUGUUCUUAUGUCUAUACCGUCACACGGUGGAAGUUUUCCACCCGAGCUCUUUUCGUUUUUCUUGCUUUUUCGAUGGUUGCACAUGUGUGUGCAGCGCUGUAUUCACACUACCAAAUGUUGACUUUGUUACAGGGUUCUUUUUUAUUUUCACUUUUGAUUUGUCCAUUUUUAGAAAAAAAAAUUAUGUACACCCAUAUCACCCGUGCGAUAAAUGGGGCUUUGUGGAAUCAACAGGGAUGAGCAAAGUAUGAAGUUGCUGCUACCGAUUAUCUUAGUUCUUCCAUGUUAAGAUGAUGUAUACAGUUUGACAAAACAGCCUCUGAUGAGAAUACCCCAUAUAUACAUAGUUAUAAAGAUAUAGAAAAUAUAAAUACAUAUAGAGAGAAAUAAUUUAUAUUUAAAAGCAACUUACACAAUGAGAUUUCUGUACUUUGGGGGAAAUUAAGACCUUUUUUACUGGAAUGCACAUCAGUAGGACAAAAAAAAAAAAUUCUGAUAAAGUGCAUCUUUUCUUGUGCAAUAAAUAGUCAUGAUAUAGAUAGGAUUUAUGUAGUUCUUUUGUGAUUCAUUGCAUCUUUGUUCUCCGAAGAGUAAGGAGGAGUUCACUUUACACGCAUGCGUCAGUAAAACUCCCUUCAUCCUAUGGUCUCUGGUUUGCGUGAAGAGUUGCAUUUACAUCAACUUACAUCAGUACAAGCGAGAUGUCAUUCUUCAGUGUAGGCAAGGCACGAAGACAACACUUUCUUGAGGCUUCAUAAUAUGUAAUGUUUUCAUUUUGCAUUUAGAGUGCCUUAUAUCUUAUGCCUGUUUUAUAAUGUUCCUUAUAAGUUUUUAUGUAUUCUUAAAUUAGUCCAUAUAUUAAUGUAUAUUUCAUUUUACCAAAAGUAUUCAUUUUUAAUACAUUAUAUGAAAUUAUAUAUGCAAAUAAUUCAUUUUGUCAUGCUCCUGUUUUCAUUUUCAGCUGCCUUAGCUAGGCCGAGUGGAAACAAAUCAGACGUUUUUAUAGAGUUUGCUGCAACACUUGCAGAAACAGAGCAUGGGAUCUUUACUCAAGUACAGGAACAGGUCUGUACCGUCUCCCGUCAUAUUUUGGGUUUUCAUAUUCAAAUCUAUUAAUUUUUAUAACCCUAUAGUAUUAACUAGCACUUUGAAAAUAUAGGCAUAGUUAUAUAUUAUAAUGGCAGUAUUUUAUUUUUCAGCAUGCGGUAGUGUUACGUGUCAGGUCAGUAAGAAUAACAUACCAGAUGGACGGAAUGAGGAAGGCAUUUGCCGAAGAGCUAAACACUUUGACUGUUAGAUGACCAAACCUUAGCAGCGGAAAGCACUUUCUCCUCGUGUGUUGA